ACAAAGCACGUCAGCUUUGCUGUGAAAAAAUACACAUUUAGUCUUUGUUUGCCAGAAGUUUGGGGAGCUUUAGUAAGUAUCUGCUCUUGCCUCCCUUCUCAGACACAAUGAACGAAAGGUUCACAAACGCCUUCCAAUACUCAGCUCAUUUUGGUACGAUUUGGAAAAAUCCCGGGCUUUUAGUUUCUUAGCAAAACGAAAAAGCCAGCACAUUCUCAGCACACAGAAACAAAACAGCUCAUGGCUCAUUUUGGCAAUAUAACCCCUUAGGUUACACAUACAAGUAUUCUUCAGGAUUGCCAUUUUGCUGUGCUCAAUUUUGUUGUGUGUUGCUCCUGAAAUAACAAGGUCCCCAAAAGAAAUACAGCAUCCCUGUAUUAAUCCCUCACCUUCAGAGGUGGCGACACCUUCCAUGGAGCUUCCACAAACCCCUAAGUUUGUCCUUUCAGCUCCUUCGCUCCACAUCACCUCCUUUUAUCAGUGCUGCAUGGUAAUUACGCUGACUUAAGUACUGCUGUUCCGUUUUCUUCCUAAAGGAUAUCUUUUAUGAUGAUAUUUGUCUUUCAGUGAGAACUUAUUCUUCCUUUUUCUACUCCUUCCCCUCUUCUAUGCCUCUGCUUUGGGGUAACACGUUGGACUAGGUCAAAUCUUUUCCUGACACCUCUUGCCGUGCAACACCUGCUUUCUCCCUGUGUUUUCUUCAUGUUUUCUCCAUGCUGUUCAGCUCAAAAAGCCCUACAGGACCUUAGUGACUACAUACAGACAUGGAGGACUGCUGCUACCCUCCACCCCACCAUCCCCCAAACAUCCCACAAGCACUGUGCUCCUGCCUUCCUUUUUCUUUUUUCUUUUUUCCUCAAAGGAAAUUUGUCACGAUCUAACAAGAAGCAGAAGAUACACAAAUACUGGUGGUUCCUGCUCCCAUGCCCUGGCUACUUUGCUUUCAGUGCACAAUGAGAAAAUGCCCAAGCGAGAAGCUGUUUUGGCCCUAGCAUCCCUAAUGAGACCAUGUAGGGGAGGGUAAGGGUGUGAGGGUGCAGGGAGGAGCUGGUGCUCAGUGUUGGCUGCCUUCCUUGGGUGCCAUGGGAGGUACUUACCAGCCUCUGAGCUCAUCUAGGUAGCACAGACCACACCAGUACCCAGCUCAGAUCACACAGCCCUCUCUGCCAGUCAUUUCACAAGGCUUCUCACACUCCCUAUGCAGCAGUUCUAAUUAAGCAAGAAAAAAGUAUUUUCUCCUUCCAAGUGCACAGUCCUGAUUUUUGCACGGGGAUGCAAGGAUGUGACCCGAAGAUUAUAUAAUUAGAAGGCAUUUGUUAUGCCUGCAUUUCAAAUCAGUGCUUAGCAUGUGACAGUCCCAUCCUGGGAAACAUCAAGCCACCGCUGCUCUCCUCUCAAUCCUUUCUCACACAGCGCUAAUUCCCAACUCACAACCACCAGUGCUGAAGGCUCUUCAACCUGCCUCUGGGUUCAGACCAGCUGACCCAUCGCAGGGCUCACAUGUGGGCAGCUCUAAGCCAUGGGAUGUUCCCAGUGACCAGCCAGAACCCUCCAGUGUGAGGACAGGAGUCCCUGCGAGGACGCACACCUUAUAGCAGCCAUGGACACAAACAAACAAGAAGGAGAGACCGAAAGUGUGCCUGUGAGUACCCCUGCAACACAGAUUUCCCAGGACUCAAGCGCCUGAGUUCCCCGGGGUGGCUGUCCUCUUACCAUCAGUGCUCCUGUUUUGGACUCAGUUUAUAACCAGAUGUUAGGCCGAAUUUCUGUUGUAAAGUUGCAGGCAUUAGCCUCUGAGUUGAAGGCGGGUUUCACAGAAGCGAUGCAGGAGCUGUCACGAAUCCAGCAUGGCGAGUACGCCUUGGAGGAGAAGGUCAAGAGCUGCCGCUGUGCCAUGGAAGAGAAAGUGGCUGAGAUGAAGAACUCCCUCAACACCUUCAAGGAGGAACUCAGUGAUGCGAAGUCAAUGAUCGAAGAAAUCAGUGCCAAGCAGGAGGAAAUGCAACAGAAAAUCGAGCAGCUGCAGCAGGAGAAGCGGCGGGAAUCACGGAAAAUGAAAGCUAAAAGAACACAGAAGGACGAUCACAGCUCACAAACAGUGCCUACACCUCUCCAGGGCAGCCCAUUUCGAUCCAUAAACCUCCCAGAACCUGUACUGAUCAACGAAGAUUUUACAAGUCUUUUGCACAACGUGACUUAUGAAAAAGUGUCUGACACCAGGAUCAUGCCGAUAGGAGAAGGAAGCGUGAAAGUCAUAGGAGGUCCAGGAGCAGCCAUAGAGACAGAGGACAGCCUCAAGCCUUCGCUGGCAGCAGAUGGUCAGACAAAGGUGCAUCUGCAGUCAACAGUAUGGAAGCAGCCCAAAGACACCAAGGACUGGGGAGAUGAGUACAUUUCCAAAGAGCAACCAGAAAGAGGGAAAGACGUGGGCCAAAGCAGAUACAGCUCAGCAGACAACAUUAUAUGUGAACCCUCCCUGGCUGCCAAAAGGCAGAACAUCGCUUUGGAGCUGCUGGAGUCAGAGAGGAAGUAUGUCAUCAACCUUUCCCUAAUCCUGAAGAUCAAGGCCACGUUGCAAGGGCCAGAUGUGAAAAGAAGCACCAAGGAGAGAAGCUUCUUCCCCAAUUCUUUGCGGUACCUGGUCCAGCAGCAUGUCGAUUUACUUCACGCUCUCCAGGAGCGAGUGCUGAGCUGGCCACGGCAAGGAAUUCUAGGUGACAUCUUCCUGAAGUUAACAAACGAUGAGAACAAUUUUCUGGACUACUACGUUGCUUACCUGAGGGACCUGCCGGAAUGCAUCUCUCUGAUCCACGUGGUGAUCUUGAAGGAGGUAGAAGAAGAAAUCAAAUCCGAUCUCUACAUUCUGUUCUUCCAUAUAGUCCAGCGAAUCCCUGAAUACCUAAUUCAUCUACAGAACGUCCUGAAGUUCACGGAGCAAGAGCAUCCCGAUUAUUACCUGCUACUGGUGUGCGUGCAGCGUCUCCGGGUCUUCAUCUCACACUAUAGCCUCCUCUUCCAAUGCAAUGAAGAUCUGCUUAUACAGAAGAGGAAAAAACUGAAGAACACGACGAUGGAUUUCUCCUCCCUCAGGUCGUCCCUGGUGAAGCUGUACAAAGGUCUCACUUCCCAGUGUACGAGCCAAGAGGUUUCUCCAACACCCAGCACAGCCUCUAUCCGUGACAGCGGGAUUCACUCUGAAGAGGCAAUGCAGUCAUUCCAACCAGCACCUUCCUCUGGCACGACAACCCCGCAUUUGUUGCCUCAGAUGAAGAAACCUCAGCCAACUGUCCUGGAGAACAUCCAGGCUGUAAAGCCCCCAGACUGGGAAAUGGAAAGUAGAAAACAUGAGAGGCCAGAGAACAUCCUUGCACCCUCUCAGCUCACUGAGCAGGAACUCAAGGCUCUGACAGCUCCUUUACAAUCCAUCCCUGAAAUGGAGUAUGAAGCACCACCUGCCGACGCGGUGGGAAACCCAGAGAGAGCCAUCAGGACCUCUGUGGAGCUGCUGCAGGAUGCGAGGAACUUUGCGCCAAGCUAUGAAGAGUUUGAUUACCCUGGGGAAGUCUUCACCAUGCCGGGUCCCUAUGAAGACGAUACUUUCCAAAACCUCGCUCUCUUUGAGAAUUGCUCCCCAGCCUCCUCAGAAUCCAGCUUAGACAUUUGUUUCCUUAGGCCUGUUAACUUCACGUCAGAACCAGAGAGGACAGAUCAUGCCUUACAGCCGUUGCCUAAGAGCAGUACUCCUGUGAGCAGCAGCACUUACAAGCGUGAGAUGUUCCACAGCAAAGGCAAGCAGCUGAGCAGGUCUCUGAAGGAGCUGCCGAGGAGCGCUGAGGGUGUGAGCUCCAGGCUCUACAGCACACGGAGCAGCAGUGGGAGCCGGCUGCAGCAGAAGCAGGAGAGGAAUGUCCAGCCUCACAUGAUCUCAGCCUCAGCUCGAAGCUCCCAAAGGAGCUACUUCCCCCCACAGAGAGGAGCGGGUGAAAAACCAAGCUUUUUGGAAGAGCUCCAUGCAGAAGACAACACCAGGUUCUGCCAGAAGGAUGACAAUGAGCAAACAUCCUUCAGCGACCACAACCCACGGCACGAGCCCAAAGGGGGUUUCCGGAGCUCCUUCCGCAAGCUCUUCAAAAAGAAAUAAGCAGCCCCAAGAAAGGCAGGCCACAGCCCAAGCGCAACAGUACUUCCCUGGGUCCCUAAGGGUGGAGACAGACAGCAAGGUCCCAAGAUGUCCCCUCACUAACAUAAUAGGUGAAGGGGUGGGGGAGAAUACUGUCACAAGUGUGCAUCCUGCUCUUCCUAGCACAGGGGAGGGCCAGGCUAUGGGUUCAAGCAGAGCUCAGCCAGCAGAUCCAGUAAGCAGAGGAAUUUGAUAGCUUUUACUCCUGCCUGACUUAAUUUUCUUCAGUUUUGGAAAGCUUGGGACAAAUCCCUCUGUGUUCUCCUCCCCCUCAGCCACCAAAGCUGUUUUUUCUGCCAUACGUCUUCACUCUUCCAAAUUCAAACUAGGAGUAAUUCAGCCUCACCCACAACAGACAGGUUGACCUUGUAGCCUUGGCAUCCUUGGCCAGAAGUCCAAAAUUCUUUUCUCUCCUCCAC